AUGGAACAACAGUUGAAAGACAAGAUGAACAGGAGACGAGAAAAGGAAGCCACAUUAGCCUAUUUGUCCUUUGUCUUUCACAGUAACCAAGUACUCUCAAUCCAAGUCACUGCACACAUACAAGCAGAUAUUGUGAGGAACAUAUCCAGCCACUCCCAAACAUUUUUUUGGUCACCUGCUUCACCUGAGCACAUCGGAGCAGGCACCGAGGUGCACCUGUUUAUUCCUGCCAACAACUUGGGGACUGUCACAGACCUGAUGCAGACACACCACCUACCACGCCAAAUGUGUGUUUGUUUCAGAGUGCUACUGGACAACACAGAGGAACUGAUCGAGAUGCAGACCAGGAAUGAAUCAUCAGACCCUCGAAGCAGCAUAUCUUAUUAUGAUCGAUACCAUUCUCUGGAGGACAUAUACUAUUGGAUCAACAAGACUGCCCAGGAACACCCAGACAUGAUCAAAGUCAUCCUGAUUGGCUCAUCGUAUGAAAAACGCCCACUUUACGUUCUCAAGUUGUCUGGACGUCAAGAGAGAGCUGAAAAGAGAGCUAUGUGGAUUGACUGUGGCAUUCACGCUAGAGAGUGGAUCUCUCCAGCUUUCUGCCUGUGGUUUGUGCAAUAUUCCUUGAAUUUCUAUAAUCUAAACAAUGACAUCACCGAGAUGGUGAACAGUAUGGACAUCUAUGUGCUGCCUAUCAUGAACCCGGAUGGAUACAAGUACACAUGGACAAUGUCGGACUUAGCCCCUGGAGGUUCUGACAAAUGGGCCUACAACCUGGGCAUCCACUACUCCUUCACCUUUGAGCUGGAGGACCGUGGUCGAUAUGGUUUUCUCCUACCGCCAUCAUUCAUUUCCAAGGCCUGCAAUGAAGCCCUCCUCGCUCUUAAGAGUAUCGCUCUCAGAAAACACAACCCCAACCCUAACCCUUUUAUGCCCCUGAGAAGUUGGCUGUGUAAACCCGAGCAGUUUCACGUCUGAUUUAAGUAAUCCCUUUUAUCAAAGUCUGUUUUGGGUGCGUGUCUGUCAAACAUGAUUGUAAAUUGCAUCAUCAUGUGGGGCAGUCCCAAUCAUUACAUCAUGUGGGGCAGUCCCAAUCAUUACAUAAAUAGUUGUUUGUUGGAGGAGAGGAAAGCAAGCUGAACUGUCAAAACCUCAGUCAUGGCUGUAUGCGUCACUUCAGUGGCUCCUCUUAAUACAUAUUGACUUCAAUUUUUCAAUCGCAUGGUUAAAACUACAAUGCACCGUGGGAAACUAAGGUUGGCAGGAGUCAUAAGGUGAUCAGAGUGUGUUGAUUUCCUGUUCAUUGUAGUUGAAAAUGUAAAAUAGUUCACAAUAAAUCACACACAGACUAGAGCAGUGCAGGGAACAUACACUGAAUCACCAAAAGUAUGUGGGCGAUAUACUAUAUAUACAAAAUAAUGGACACCCCUUUAAAUUACUGGAUUCGGCUAUUUCAGCCACACCCAUUUAUGACAGGUGUACAGAAUCGAACACACAGCCGUGCAAUCUCCAUAGACAAACAUUGGCAGUAGAAUGGCCUUACUGAAGAGCUCUGUGAAUUUCAACAUGGCAC